AUGCCGGUGUCGUCAGACGUCGAACUCUCCACCGUCUCUGGAAAUGUGACAUAUACAUAUGCGGACAACUCGACGCUCGUCUCGGAACUGCGCAGCUUGCCUUGGUUUGCCUUUCUGACUAUCAACCGGGGCGAGAUUAUCUUCCCUUGCCGGUACACUGCCAAUGGUACUAAUUUCAACACCUCUCACAUCUUCGAAUACACUGCAGCCUUGGAUCCAAGCAAGCCGCUUCGCUCCAUCACGCUCCCAGUCACGACCAACAUUACUACGGGUCGGCUACAUGUGUGUUCCCUGUCUUUGUGGAAGGCCUCAAUGCCAUCUGUGCAGGUUCAGUUCGUGCGGCCGACACGGAAAUGGACCGAGAAGGGGAAUCAGGUGAUUGAAAUAACGAUCAACAAUUCAGGUUGGGAAUGA